AUGCUCCGAGUACCGGUAGCCUCCUUCGCUACGGUGUCCGGCCGUUCCCUUAUACCCAAAGGAUACCCCAAGCUGCAUUCGAGAUGGAUCCGCCAGAUCAGAUCUCUAUCGACGGUAGCACCAGAAUCUACUGAGCCUGUUUCGGCUGCUCCCACAACGGAAGAAACCAAGUCAUCAGGAGGCCUGCUCAGUUUGCUGACAUCCGAAGAACGAGAUUUAUUGUCACAGCAACGAGCCCUGAUGCAACAAGCUCGCGAUUUGACCAAGGCGGUGGGAUCCGUCUCGGUCAAAGAUUACACGGCCGCCUUGUUUUUGGAUAAUUUGGUCGAUGAAACGACUUUUUCUAUUGUGGUGGCAGGAGAAUUCAAUGCUGGAAAAUCCACUCUGAUCAAUGCUCUUUUGGGCAGAAAAAUUUUGGAAUCGGGAGCCUUGCCCACAACAGACUCUAUUACGAUUAUCACGCAACAAAAACUGGAAGAAAGUUCCUCAGAUGGACAUGAAGCAGAAUUAUCGGAGCAAUCAGAGGAAGCUGAUGCCAAUGAUAUUAGCGUUACCCAACAGAAAUUCCAUGUGGCUGGCAAUGACGGUGCUACUACCACUACCGGAUCGGGCGUUAUUGUACAUCAGGUAGCAAAUGUUCCCCUCUUGGAAGAUCUGACUUUGAUUGAUACUCCUGGAACCAACGCCGUGUUGGCCGAUCACACAGCACGCACACUCCGGUUGCUACCCACAGCAGACCUGAUUCUCUUUGUCACCUCGGCAGAUCGACCCUUUCCGGAAUCCGAAAAGGUACUCUUGGCCAGCAUCCAAAAGUAUCGCAAAUCCAUUGUGGUGAUUUUGAACAAGAUGGACAUCUUGGACACAUCGGGUGGAUCCUUUGGCAAGGAAGAAAAACAAAAAGUUGUCGAUUUUGUCACGGAUCAUGCCGCGGAUUUGUUGGGUGGACGACCCAUGGUCAUUCCUGUAUCAUCAAGAGAUGCCCUGUCGUCCAAGGUCAUGAAUACGACAACUGCCACAAAUAUACCCAGCAACAAUGUGUGGGAACGGUCCAACUUUGGUUCCCUCGAGUCGUUCCUUCGAGACAGCUUGACGAUGGAAACCAAGAUCAAAACCAAACUAACCAAUCCCAUUGGACAAAUGGAGGGCAUGGUGACGGCUAGUUUGGAGUCAGUGCGAACGGAACAGGAAGAACUGGAACUGGACGUUGCCACCAUCAAGCUGUUGCACGGCCAAUAUGCGGCCUGGAAAAAGGAAAUGGAUAUGCAAAUGCUGGGCUUUCGAAAGGAUGUGGCAACUCUGCUCCAAACAGAGGGGAACCGAUGCUCGGUCCUCUUGAACCGAAUGGGACUGUUCAAGUUUUUUCAAUCGGCGCUGUUUGGAGGAAAUGACACCGCCUCGUUCAAGGCAGAAUUCGACAACACACGCCCGCAUGUAUCAUCUCGCAGCAAGUCGUUGGAAGCAGAGUUGCUGGAAAGUGUGGAAGAAACUGCUGAGUCCAUUGCCACUCGAGGCCGAGCACAAGGGCAGGCAGUAAUUGAAUAUCUUGGCAAACGCCCUGCCAUGAAGAACCAGAGCUUGGUUGGCAGCGUCAGUGCCGCUUCCAGAUUCGAAGACACAAGGAAAAUACUAAGCGACAAACUAUCUGAUGCGGUGAUUACUCAUGUGGCGUCAUCGCAAGAUGAUGAAGCUUACGUGGAAAAGCGACUUUUCCGGUCGUUGCAACAAACUGCCAUGGUCUCGGCGGGACUGGAAGUUGGAGCACUAAUGUCAGGUCUAGCCACAGCUGCCGAGCUGGUGGAUAUCAUGGCAGGAAUGGGUAGCUGUUCUCUGCUGGCCAUUGGUGGAGGUAUAGUAUAUGGCCAGGGAAGACGAAGAAUACAGAAUGAAUACAGAGGCAGCUGGAAGGAAAAGGAGGAGCUCUUGGAUGAAGCACUGGAGGUAAUAUGUGCGAAGGAACUGUCUCGUGUCGAACGACGUAUUCUGGACGGUGUUGCGCCGUACACGCGGUUCGUUGAAACAGAACAAGAACGGCUGGAAAAGUUGUCGGAACAUGGAGAAAACAUACUGGUACAAGCCCACUCGCUGAGGAACCGAAUCAGCAAGCUGCGAUAA